AUGACUCGUAAAUUAAAAACGAAAUUGUUAAAGAUGGUCUGUAAACGCUCAGAAUUAACACGUGCUCGCUUUCGUGGUUCAUCAUGGACAAGUAAAAGUGGUAAAACAGAUAAAUCAUUAUUCGUAAAUAAAACUGGAGAACAAUUUCGGUUAAAACUAGCAAAGCUAAGUGUCGGAAAAACAUGGUCAUCAAUUCAGAAAAAAUGA